GAGCUCAUCAGAGUUCGCAGGCAACAGUGCGUGUAGGACCUCUGACAGCAGAGCAUCUGUCGGCCACAGCAACGUGAUCCAAGCCACUCGAGUGUCAUCCAGCAACUAAUUUUAAUACCUCAAUAAGUAAUGCUUCGAUAAGCCAAUAAAAAAAUCAAUGAAUUUACCAUGGACUAAGACGUUAUUGUGCUUCAACUGCAAAUGAAAAGCUUUGUUGUUUACAAAAGGCAAAAUAAUUCGAUCUGCGUAACCGGAAGCGCAAAAAUUCGUAACCAGAAAAAAAGCGCAAGAAUUUCAAGCCAAUACUUUACACAGUGAAACUAGCGGAUAUUUGCCAAGCAUGAUUAUUCCACUUCCAAAACAAUUCGUAGAAAAUAAAGAGUUCUUGGAAACCGAAUUUGACUCAAAAAAAUUCUGGUAGUACAUAAAAUCCCCGAGAAAUAAAGUCUUCCUAGAGGCAGCGAUUUCCGACUUAGAAAACUUUACCGCACUACCGAAACAAUGGAAUUUAAAAAAUUAUCCUGCCACAUAACAAUAGCAUUCAUUUGCUUGGUGGGAACGAGCAGAUCGCAUGCUCACGAGGCGAAAUUAGGAUGCCCGGACACAACUACCGUACUUCUGCCAGGCACGGAAAUUGACACACUUGGGUGGACACUAAGCGACGCUACAGCCGCCAGAGGGUCGAGGUCAGCGGCUAAAUGCGACGACGAAUGUUCAUGCGAAACCAACAAAGAAGGUUUAUUCCUCAUUGAUUGUUCGAGAGCCAUAAACCCAGACGUCCUACGGGAAGGUUGGAGUGACGCAGAACCAGGAACAAGCGAAGUACGGCUGGUAAUCAUGGGUUCUGAACUGACAGCUCUCAAUUCACUGGGCAACAUCAGUAUCACGAGAGCCCACUUCAAAUACAAUCCAAGCUUGAGUUUCAUUGCAGAAACAGCGCUCUUGUCUUCAGCAGAGUCUCUGCUUGUGUUGGACCUACGCAAUAACAAUCUGACCAGCCCUCUUAAUAUCGAAGGAGAUUUCAUGAACCUCCAAUUUUUGUCGCUGGAUGGUAACAUAUUAGAGACUGUGCCUGAAUGGGUGAACGGAUGCAAAAGUUUGCUUCAUUUGAGUUUGGCGAACAACUUGAUAACUCACGUCGCUCCAGGAACAUUAAAUAACUUGCCUAACCUGCAAUUCCUUAACUUGCACAAGAAUAUGCUAACAUCGCCACCAGGAAACCUGAAGCUUCCUUCCCUUCGGUCGCUCGUGCUCCAAGCCAAUCCUAUAACUGAGAUGACCCCCGGCGCAUGGCAUGACUUGAAGUCACUGGAGUACGUGGACCUGAGUUACAGCGAACUGUCGACGCUACAAGAGGGCAGCCUGAGCGUCGCUACAGAGCGGCCUUGGCUCAUCUCCCUCGCACACACUCCCCUCACUCACCUACCGCAACACGCCUGGCUUGGCGGGGUGCUGGCUCACUGGGUAGACCUGCGCGGCACGCACAUCACGACGCUCGACGAGCGCGACUUCCGACCGCUGCUCAGCAGCAUGGCGCUCAAAACUGUCGUCCACGCAGACUGGGGACGCCCGCAGAUUUGGUUUCAUAAUGAUGUCUUGUCGUGCGAUUGUGACGCUAAGUGGCUGGCUACCAACGCAACGCUACUGCGCCACGCAUCAGGCAGAUGCAACGACAAGAACAUUCAACUCCGCUUCCUCGAUCCCGAUUACUUCAACGUCUUCUGCUUCUGAAACUUUCACAUGCUAUCCAAUAGACUGCAUACAUUACCAUUUACCGUUAAAAACACUUUAAGGAGUUUAAUAGCCUGUAAUACGAUUAUGAUGGCAUAUAUUUAGUCCUUGUAGGAAUAGUCUGUUAA